AUUACAUUAGCUUAGAAAGUGAUUUGAACAGAAUUUGAACAGACUUUUAUAUCAAUCUGCUGGCCAAUAAAUAAAACCACAUAACAUAUCUUGAUUGCAUACUUUGGAAAAGAUCACCGUGGCGGCUUAAACGUAAGUAAACCCUUAACUACAUCUGCUUUUUUAUUUACUGGCUAACAGAAGGGAGAUGGAUUUGAGAGACAACCUUAGGCAAAGUUGCGGUGUUAUCAUAUUACAAAAUCAAAGCGCCUACUUUUUUUGCUGGCGAACCGAUUUAUGACUGUACUCACGUCUAUUUUAAUAUCCCUUUGCAUAUACAAAAGAGCUAAACCCACUAAUCGCUCUUGUAACAUAGUGGAGCGCAGCCAAGCUUUUAUCCUCUUUAGAUGGGAGAAACUUCUUUCAGAUGUCGCAACACUUACCGGCAAUGAAAUCAAUAAUUGUAGGCAUCUAUUAAUUGAAGGAAAAAUAUUUUUAUCACAUGAUAAAUACAAUGACAUUCCACUGUCUAUAAUAUCUAGUAUACGUGACUGCCAAUGGUCAAUUUCUGCUUUUAAUCUGUUACUUAUUAAAUUUUUGUUUUCGUUAGUUUUUAGUCCAUGCAAAUAUUUAGAGGUUGUUUCUAAUAUGUCCAUUACUUCAGCUGCAGUUUUUAAAUUAAAUACUGACGCAAAGAAAAUGUUAAAAUUGUAUAUAUUCAAAGAUUCUUCAUUGAACCGGCAUACCAAAUCCUGCAAUACUCGUACAUUAUCUAGCAAAGGGACAUAUAGGUUCAGUCUGUAGUGAUUUCCCUUGUCAGACGUACCUAUGUUCGGCCUGUUCAUCUGCCUGCUUGUUAUUCUUGGCACAGUCAGUUCAACACCCAGGUGAAAUAAUAUUUCCUAUGAGUUUGACAGCGUAUUGUUUAUCAAUUGUUUUUGAUUGUAAAAUCUUACUCAGGUUGACUGUUAAAGCUAAUAUGUCACACAAACACUUUAGUGAUACGAUAAAUUGGGUGGACGUAAUGGCAGUCUUCAAAGAAGCUUCGCGGCCUUUCCAGUUUGAUAUAAUAUUUAGUACCUCUACAAUUUUCUCGAAUUUGCUUUCAAAUUGGAGCACAUAAUCAUGUCUCUCGAUACAUCGUGUUUCGCAAAUACUAUGAAUUUGAUAUCCGUCUAGUUUUCUUUUUAAUACUGUGUUUCUUUUAGCGGAU